AGAAUAGAACAUUUUUUUAAAGAUCUGAAUAAAAAAUUGAGUCUCAUAUUUAACUUAAAAAACAAUCAAAAUUCAUCAUGGAUAAAGUUAAAGACAAUACUGUAAAAGUAGUAUUUUUUUCUUUACUAUUAGAUCUAUUAGCAUUUACUAUGAUAUUACCUUUAUUACCAGCUCUAUUAGAUCAUUACAAAGUAAUAAGUAAUAAAGGACUGUAUUCUAUGAUUUCACAUCAUGUAGAAAGCUUACGUAUAUUUUUAAAUGCUCCUGACAAAGUUGAUACUGUACUUUAUGGAGGUUUUCUAGGCUCUAUGUAUUCAUUUUUACAAUUUAUAAGUUCACCAAUAACAGGAGCAUUAUCUGAUACUUAUGGACGGAAACCAUUAAUGUUAAUGUGUUUAACAGGUAUUACACUGUCGUACUUAUUAUGGGCAAUAUCAAGAAAUUUUGGUAUAUUUGUAUUGGCCAGAUUUGUUGGAGGUAUUAGCAAAGGAAAUAUUAGUUUAUCCAUGGCUAUUAUUUCUGAUGUUACAUCACCCGAUAAAAGAGGGAAAGCUAUGGCUCUUGUGGGAAUAGCAUUUUCUAUUGGGUUUGUCGUUGGACCUAUGAUAGGAGCAUUUUUUGCAUGGAUUUCCAGUGGUAAUAGAAAUGAAACGUGGUACGUGGUACCUGCCUUAUUUGCUUCUUUUCUUGCUGCAAGUAACUUGUUAUAUGUUGUAUAUAACUUGAAAGAAAGUUUACCUGUCAAAUCUCGAGCUAAAACUGUCUCAAGUGGAUUAAUCCAAUCAGUAGUUUAUAUUAAUCCAAUAGAUCUUUUCCGAUUUACUAGUGUAUCUGGAUUAAAUGAUAAAGAGCGACACGAUUUGAAGGUAUUAGGUCGUACAUAUUUUAUCUACUUGUUUAUCUACAGUGGAUUAGAAUUUACUUUAACGUUCCUUACUCAUCACGUAUUUAAAUUUACGAGUAUGCAACAAGGAUGUAUGUUUCUCAGUAUUGGAUUGACUAUGGCUAUUUUGCAAGGAAGUUGGGUCAGAAAAGUUCCUUCAGAUAAAACUAAAACUGUUGCUGAGUUGGGUUUAUGGUUAAUAAUUCCAGCAUUUAUAUUUAUUGGCUUAGCAAAGAAUACAAUCAUGUUAUAUUUUGGAAUAUUUUUAUUUGCUGUUUCAACAGCUAUGGUUGUUACUUGUAUGAUGACAUUAGUGACAAAAAUAGGACCAGAACAUCAAAAAGGUACAAUAACUGGAAUAUUUCGUUCAUUAGGUGCUUUAGCACGUGCAGGUGGACCACUUAUAGCUUCUGCGGGAUUUUGGUAUUUUGGAAGUACUACAACGUACCUCAUUGGAGCUGUUUUUCUUUUACUGCCACCUAUAAUUCUUCAUACUAUGAAGUCUUUAUAACAAAAAGAUUUAACAUAUCUUUACUUAUAUAUACAUAUAUAUUUUUAUAUUUACAAAUAACGUUCACACAUAAGUGCCCUAAAGUAUUAUUUACUGUUAUACAAAAGAAAAAUUAUUAACUAAAGUUAUUUUUAUUAAAUCAUUCUAUGA